GCUGUCCGCUAGGGUUUUCCGCCUUCUUAUCUCUUCGCUUUCCCCCUCAUCGCGGUCGUCGCCCCCCGCCGCCGCCACCUCCCAAACCCUAGCUCCCCCCGCGUCCGCCAUGGCCGACGACCACUACUCCUCCAAGCGCAAGUACGACGACCCCUCGCCGCCCCCGCGUCGCACGGGCUUCUCCUCCGCCCCGCCGGCCGCCUCCCCGCCCUCGGGCGGCGCGCCGGCGUCGUACAACAGCGUGCCCCCGCCCCCCGCCGACGAGAUCCAGCUCGCGAAGCAGCGCGCGCAGGCGAUCGCGGCCAGGCUCUUCAACGCCGCCGAGGCGAAGCGCCCCCGCCUCGACGCCGGCGGCGACGACGACGACGCGGGCGCCGGGGUGGGUUCCCUCGGCAGCAGCGGCGGCGGCGGCGGCGGCCGCGCGACCGGGCUCGGCUUCUCGUCCUCGGCCGGUGGCGGGCACGGAUCUGCUAUCCCAUCUUUAUCUUCUCAUGGCAGCACACCUCAGUACUCCUCAUAUGGUGGAUACCAGGGUACAAGCAAAACAAUUGAAAUCCCAAAUGGAAGGGUUGGUGUUAUCAUUGGAAAGUCGGGAGAAACUAUAAAGAAUCUCCAACUUCAGUCAGGAGCUAAGAUCCAAGUGACAAGAGACCUUGAUGCUCUACCUGGCUCACAGACAAGACCUGUUGAACUUUCAGGCACUCCUGAUCAGAUAAGCAGAGCUGAGCAAUUGAUCAAUGAGGUCCUGGCAGAGGCUGAUGCUGCUUCAUCUGGUAAUCUCUCUAGCCGAAAGUACAAUGCUCCUCAACCAGGCGCUGAUCAAUUCCAAAUGAAAAUAGCUAACAAUAAGGUUGGUCUGGUUAUUGGAAAGGGUGGUGAGACUAUAAAAUCCAUGCAAGCCAAAUCUGGUGCUCGUAUACAGGUUGUCCCUUUGCAUUUACCCCCUGGUGAUCCUGCAACCGAAAGAACAGUGUAUAUUGAUGGUACACAAGAGCAAAUUGAAACUGCAAAGCAAUUGGUGAUUGAGGUUACCAGUGAGAAUCGUGCUAGAAACCCAAUGUCAGGUGGCUAUUCUCAGCAGGGCUAUCGCCCUCCUCGUCCUCAGUCAAAUUGGGGUCCGCAUGGGGGGGCACCGAUGCAACAGCCUGGUUAUGGUUACAUGCAGCCUGGAGCCUAUCCUGGGGCACCCCCACAAUAUGGCGCUCCUCAGCAACCUUAUGGUAGCUACCCUCCAGCAUCUGGGGGUUAUCAGACUGGGUGGGAUCAAUCAUCAAAUCAGCAAUCUCAGCAGGCCCCCCCUGGCACGGGCUAUGAUUAUUACAAUCAACAGCAGCAACCUCAACAGCAACAAUCUGCCCCUGGGACUGCUGCACCUGGUGAUGCUACUAGCUAUAAUUCCAGCCAGCCUCCUGCAUAUGCUUCCCAAGGGUAUGAUUCGUCCUACGCUCAGCAGAGUGGUGGGCAGCAGCAGGCAUAUGAUUAUUCUAGUUAUUAUCAGACCCAAGGGCAGCAGCAGGGCUACUCUCAGCAGACUGGAUAUGAUCAGCAGGGCUAUGGAACUUCUGGCUAUGGGUCCGCCGCUAAUUCAACUCAGGAUGGGUCCGCACCAAGCUAUGGUGCUCAAGGUGUAGCUGGUCAAGCAUCUCCUGGGCAGCAAACUUCAACUCCUGCUGCUGGAAGCCACCCUGGCUAUUCAAGCCAACCACCUACUAGCGCUGCUUCAAGCUACCCGGUGCAAGGGUCUGCUCCUCAGUCUGGAUAUGGGGCGCCACCACCACAGACUGGCUAUGGUACCCAGCCCCAACCACAGGGAGGGUAUAGUCAGGGCAGCUAUGGCGCACCUCCGCAGGGACAGAAGGCUCCUCCUAACACUUCUCCUUACGGACAGGCGCCGCCUCCUGGAUCUGCUCCUGGUGGGUAUGGCCAGUAUGGUUACUCUCAGAACCAGCAAGGCUAUGGCGCACCUCCACCUUACCCUGGUGCACCUGCUGCAAGCCACCCAGGCUAUGGUCAGCAGCAGUCCUAUGGUGAUCCUUAUGGCAGUGGAAGCUACGGGCAGCCUGCCGCAUAUUCUACUGAAGCUACAACUGCUGCUGCCUCCCAGGACCAAUCUGCUUCCGCCCCUGCGACUGGUGCUGCGCCUGCGACAACCGCUGCUCCGGCACCUACUGCUCCUGAGAACAGUGGAGCCCAAAGCCCUGCUAGUUAAACCUGCAACUCAAGCUUUAAGCUUCUUUUAGAGAGGGGUUUCCGGAUUUAUGUGUUGAAAUUGUUUUUUGUUGCUCCUUAAUGUUGACUUGUUUUAAAUAUAGACUGUUAUUAUUGUUUAGUAUUGCGUUAUGUUAUGUUACUUUUGAUACAUAUGCAGGCUUGACUGUGUGCUUAAUGUGCCGUGUUACUGCCAUGUAAGCUGGACGUUAUAUCCAAAUCUGAGCCCUACUUUUGCAA